UGCCGGCGGGGCGGGGCGGGCGGARCAGGACGGCUAUGGCGGCGCUGCCGGUGCCGCUGCUGGGGCUGGUGUUGCUGCUGCUAGCGGGAUGUGGCGGGCCCGGGGCCGCGGGACAGAGGCGGAAGGAGAUGGUGUUAUCAGAAAAAGUGAACCAGCUGAUGGAGUGGGCCAGUAAAAGAUCCGUUAUCCGAAUGAAUGGAGACAAAUUCCGACGCCUUGUGAAGGCACCUCCCAGAAACUAUUCAGUGAUUGUGAUGUUCACUGCUCUUCAGCCUCACAGACAGUGUGUUGUGUGCAAGCAAGCUGAUGAAGAAUACCAGAUUCUGGCAAAYUCCUGGAGGUAUUCCAGUGCAUUUACCAACAAGAUUUUUUUUGCUAUGGUAGAUUUUGAUGAAGGCUCMGAUGUGUUUCAGAUGCUGAACAUGAAUUCUGCCCCCACGUUCAUUAACUUCCCAGCCAAGGGGAAGCCCAAGCGGGGGGACACCUACGAGCUGCAGGUGCGCGGCUUUGCGGCGGAGCAGCUGGCGCGSUGGGUGGCUGACAGGACAGACGUCCAUAUCCGUGUGAUAAGGCCACCAAACUAUGCUGGCCCCUUGAUGCUGGGGUUGCUGCUGGCUGUCAUUGGAGGUCUCGUGUAUUUGCGAGGCAGCAAUCUGGAUUUUCUCUAUAACAAAACUGGCUGGGCCUUUGCUGCUCUGUGUUUUGUGUUAGCAAUGACAUCAGGCCAGAUGUGGAACCACAUUAGAGGCCCUCCAUAUGCUCAUAAGAAUCCCCAUACAGGACAAGUGAAUUAUAUCCAUGGAAGCAGCCAAGCCCAGUUUGUGGCAGAAACACACAUAGUUCUGCUGUUCAAUGGUGGAGUUACUUUAGGAAUGGUCCUUCUCCACGAAGCUGCUACUUCUGACAUGGAUGUGGGGAAAAGAAAAAUUAUGUGCAUUGCUGGCAUUGGCCUGGUGGUGCUGUUCUUCAGCUGGCUGCUGUCUGUCUUCAGAUCCAAAUACCAUGGUUACCCCUACAGUUUCCUAAUGAGUUAAAGGAUUCCAGAGUCUGUAACAUCGGGAAGGUGGUGGCUCUGAAGCUGGAUGUGGURGAAUGAGGAGCUCAAUGUUUGUGGUUCGUGCUACCUCUGCUUACACUGACCGAGACAGUUAAACACUGAACCAAAGACGACGUGUAGUGCCUUAAAUAAAACAAGCAAUUUGCUCUGAAGGACGCAGAGUAUUAAGAUGCAAUCUCUCUUUCACAAGCUUUACAUCUUCUUAAGCAACUCUGCUUCUAGCAAAAUUCAGAAUGUAAUGCUUCAAACUCCAUUUCCAUGGACUAACUAGAAACGGUACAUUCAGUUCACUUGGAUAAUCUGUCUACCAUGUUUCUUUCYCCCUUGAAUUAUCACCUUAUUUCCUAUUUGUGCAUAGCAGGUGACAGCAGCUUUUCUGUCRUGCCUUUUCAUGGUCGAGAAAACCGCUUCAUGUACCUGGAAAUCUUUUCCUUCAGCCUGUGUGCAGCCCUUGGAGCAUGCUCCAGAUUCUGGUGUGGAAUGUGUGUAUCCCAGAGCUGCAUCUCAUUUUUGAGAAGAGUUCUUAACUGCUGUA